AUGGAAAGCGGUGGCCAUUUUGGUUUUUACGGUGGUGAUCAAGGUGGUGGCUUACCGAAUUACCAAAUGUUUCCUCUACAUUCUCCUUCAAUCUAUACCCCCAUUCCUCAAUUGCCACCCCCACAUAGUUUUGUUUUGGGUCAAAGUUAUCAAAAUUCUGUCAAUUACAAUGACACACUUUUCCCUUCAACUGCAUUUGAUCACAUUUCUUCUUCUAGUGGAGGGAUCGGUCACUUGAUCAACAAAGAAGCAGCUGCAGGAGUUUCAAUUGCACCAUCGUUUCCUAUGGAUCAAAGCGCAGGUGUUAAUAGCAUGCUUUCUGACACUAAUCGGGUGCAACUGAGCAACUAUCGCAUGGAUAAUCCAUACACAGACUUCUACAAAGAAGUAAUCAGUCCUCCUAACCAGAUCUCAAAUGGUGGUGUUAACACCCGCUCUAGGAAAUUAUAUCACAGGGAACCAUGGAGAAAGGAAGAGGACAGAAAACUGCAUGAACUGGUUAAUAGAUACGGGGUGGGAGAUUGGUCUGGCAUCUCAGACAGCAUCGAAGGUAGAGCUGGGAAACAAUGCCGUGAGAGAUGGCGAAAUUAUCUACGUCCUGAUAUUAAGACAGAUGAAUGGAGUGAAGAUGAAGAGAUAAUUUUUGUUGAAACUCAUAAGAAAAUUGGUAAUAAGUGGGCAGAAAUUGCAAAACAUCUUCCUGGGAGGACAGAAAAUUCAAUAAAGAAUCACUGGAACUCAACUAGAAGGAAGAAAACUUGUAAUAAUUACAGGAGCAAGAAAAAAGAAUCUGGAAAUGGAAAACGGAAAUCUACAGUUUUAAUCGACUAUAUUAGAAGCAUCGAUUCCACCUCUACCAGCAACAACACUACAAACCCCACCACUUGCACCACCGUUGUUUCAUCACAUGAACCACCAAAUCCAUACUUAAGCGACUCUCCAUCUAUUGACCUCACUACACCUACUGAUGAGGAGAUAACUUUCCUCCAAAGCCUUUUUGGAAAUAGCACCACUUUUGCACAAUCUGAAACCACCAUCUUCAAUGAGUUAUUGACUCAACAUCUACAGCCAGAAUCACACCCAAAUAUGACCAGUCCCCUUUUAGGGUUUAAUGGAGAUUCUGAAUAUGGGUGUUUAUCUCCGUUGUUUCCUGUUAAUGAAAGCUCUAAUAUUUACCAGAACAACAACUCUCAAACUGAUAUCCAAGUUUCUCUUGAUGAUUACCUCUUAUUACUCGGUGAAACUACUGUAUUCUCCGACUAUAAUGACCCUGUCUAUGGCUAUGGAGACAUGGACAUGGACGUAGAAUUCAAUGCUCAAGGUGGUGGUUUCUUUAGCCACUAA